AUGCCUACUCCGGGAGUUAAAUUUCAGCAGCCAAAUGGGGUUGGUGGAAGUGAAGACAAUAAUGAUGCAGAAGAUCAGAAGAAGCCAAAAGACAUGGCACCUAACCUUACUGAGAAGAUCACCACGUCCAGCCAUGGAGACGAAAGCUAUUCGGGGAGGAAAGAUCAGAAGCCGAAGGAGAAUGGUGUCGUCAAGGGAGGAGGCAAUCAACAAAAUGACGUGGAUCGGUAUGGUGAAGAAAUCGAGUCCAAGCAAAAUAGAAGGACGACAGGCACAGGGAAUAUUGGAGAUGGAGGUUUCUCAACAUCGAAAGAGGAAAGACAACGCAAUCAGAAACAAGAAGAUAUACAAAUCAACAUUAAUAUCCGCCUUCCAAGCAACGAUUCUACUAAGAUGAUUAUGACAACUAAAGCUCCGCCGCCGCCGGAGGACCAGAAGAAGUACAACAAACAAGAGCCCAGGUGCUGCUGCUCCAUAUUGUAGAUCAAGAUUUGCAGAUGGUGGAUGUGACGCAGCUGUUGAAGAGGCAGUGUUAUAGGGUAUUAAAAAAAAAAAAUUAUAAAAGAUAUUUUUUAGUGAGCAAGUGCAAACAAUGGAUCGCUAGAGGCCAGGUGUUGUAAGGACGUGGAUUUCACGU